AGCUCGGCCCAAGCUUCCAGCUCGGAGAUGCGAGGAGCAGCCCGAGCCCCAUGGGCGGCACGGCGAGCGCGACGGGCGACGUCUGCUGCAGGGUCGCGCCCACCCCGGGCCGGCCCGGCCGGCCGGCGUCGCUGCUCAGCGCCUGCAGCGGGGGCACGCACGAGGAGGGCCAGCCUGGCCCGCCAGCGCCGCCGUCUGCAGUGCCCCUCGCGCUCAGGGUGCAGUCCCCGAACGGCCAGGCGGCGUGCGAGGGGAUCUACACCCUGGUGGACGGCUGGCAGCCACAGGGGAUGCCCCUGUGGAAGAGCGAUAGGGUUAGGUGGCUGUUCUCGAGCGUGGACGGUUCCUGGAACAUCGGCGGGGCCAAGAGUGAGGCCAGCGGAUUCUCUUGCCGUUCGGCUUGCAUCUUCAGCGAUACCAAUCACAAAGGAGCGAUGCCAGACAAGAUGCUCGGGACUUGGUGGCGGGCAGCAGGUGGCACCUUCGUCCAGGACGCGGACAUCACCGUCACGACUGUCGCGGGCAGCGGCUCGGGCGCGGUCGAGGGCGUCGCGGGGGAUUGUUGGAAUCGGCUCUCCUCGGCGGGGCCGACGCAGCAGUGCGCUUGUGAGGCCUGGGAUGAGUUUCUGCUGGUUGAGCCGCCGCGCAAGCCCUUGGCUGUCUCUGGCGUCCUCGAUACGGUCAGCACGCCCAGCAACCCGCCCGAGGCCUGCCGUGCGGACCUCUGGCUGCGGACGCCGAGCCAGGCGACCUCCACGAGCACCCGGGCGACCGUUGUGUCAGCGGACGUGCCUUCGCCUGCACACGAGGACCCCCAGAGGUGGCCACGCCGCCAAGUGUUUUUCAAGGAGCCCGUGCAGGAUCGCGGGGCGACGCGGUGGCCCGCCUCCUGGACGGAGCCCGCCUCGGAGGAGGUACCGGCGGACGACGGGCUGCCGACUCUGGACAUCUGCUUCUGGCCGUCCACGAAAGACCGCAGCCGAGCGCUGCAGGUGAGGUUCUCCGCGGCCCCGAUCGGGGUCGAGUUCGACUUCAGUCAGGCGCCCGUGCGGGUGAAGUGUGUCACGUGCAGGAAAACAGCAGGCCUGGGCAUCCGGAGGGGCAUGGUGGUGGCGAAGGUCGGCGGCGUGGACGCCACCGACAUGCCGAGUCGGAAGCUGUCCAAGCUUAUCUGGACGAGUGCAGCCGACUCCCAUCCAGACCGGAGCUGUACAGCUCCGUGGGGGUUCCUGUCUCGAAUGCCCAUUGCGACGCUGGGUCCGCCCAAGUGCCUCCCGCAUGAUCACACGAGCAUGUCGUACCUUCCUGUGUACCUGUAGGUCCCUUCGUGCGCUGUCCUAAAUGUGCGAAUGUAGUUUAGCCAAUGCCGAAGAACGAAGAUUGGCAUGGACAUACAGCCAAGACGCUGAAAGAAGGACCGCUCUGGCCUUUCAUGGGCCGUUCGGGCCGUUCCUUAGAUCUGCGACGUGGAACCUGUCUGUGGUCCAGGCCGGCCGUGGCCGGCAAGGCUCCUUCGUUCCGUAGCACGCGUUCCUCAUGGUGGCAUGUAGCACGAUGACUGUGAACUACUGGCGCUCCUCGCGGGUUUCUCGGAUCCGCGCUGAAGCCCCCUGAUAAACCAGACGGGGCCAGGACGAGGAUCAAACCGUUCCAGAGUUUUCCGGAACGCUCUCAAAGCGUUCCAGACCGCUCCGAGAAGGCCGCGGCGCCCGAGACGUCCUCCAGAGCCGCCGGAUGUCAGAGAUCCUCGAUUUAUCCUCGCCUGAUGCUGUCCUCGUCCUGGCUUGGUCUUGACAAGCUGCCGGCGCUCCGCGCGGGUCUCUUGGAGUUGCGCUGGAGCCCCCGGGCCUGGUGCAGGGGGGGUCCAGCGCCGAGCCAAGAAAGCCGCGCGGACCGCUGGAGGUCUGUGAUUGUGCCCUUUUGUCUCUUUCCCUUAUUAUCUUCGGGGACAACGACAGGAGGGGAAGUGAGAAUCUAGGCCUAGGCCUCCUCCUCGAGUCAUGGCAGAAAUCACGACCGGCGGGUUUUCGCUAGUUUCGGCUUCUCGGGGCCCUUGUCAGGCCUCGGAAGCGUCAAAGAACGACUCGGGAUGAAGAACCCGUCCCGGGUAAGGGGUCGAGACUCUUUGGGGUCGACGCUGCGAAAAAAAUAUGUCGGGGGGCCAGGGCAAUAAUGGGGUUAAGUCGGGCGUGCACCUCU